AUGGGUGAUACAAAUUCUGCUCAAAGAGAAGCUGUUAGGAGAAAAACUGCACAAUAUCUUUCACGGGCAGAAGAAAUAUAUGAAAAAUAUGUAGUUGGUCAUUUACAAGAUGAAAAUAGAUGGGCAAUUACAGUUGNAAAUUUGGAGAUCAAUACAGUCGAAAGAAAACAACCAGAUGCUCUUCAAAGCUUACAAACAGGACAAAACAAACCAUUGUUUGGUAGAUUGCCAGCAACAAAACAUCUUUUCAGAAGUGAUACAAAUUCUGCUCAAAGAGAAGCUGUUAGGAGAAAAACUGCACAAUAUCUUUCACGGGCAGAAGAAAUAUAUGAAAAAUAUGUAGUUGGUCAUUUACAAGAUGAAAAUAGAUGGGCAUUUUUUCCCCACUCUUUUAGAGAAGAAAAACACAUUGCUGAACCUAGUAAUUUAUUAGGAGGUAUAUGGGAACAUUGCCAAACUGCUGAUGAUAUAAGUCUCAGUUCUCAUCCUUCUGAUGAUGAUGACAGGACUACAUUUACUGAUGAUGAUUCUAGACUGGGAACUCCUCUUCCAAGCAAUGAUUUAGCUUUAUUUGAUCCUCUCCUAGAGAAAAAUACUGAUCACUUGAAUUCUUUAGAAGGAGAGAGUAACAGUUGGCUUUUAUCAGCUAUUCAAUCAUGUACUUACAUUCAUUCUGAUGAUCAAGCUACUUCUUCACCAACUUUAUCAUUUCCUAAACCAUUUGCAGAAUUAGAUUAUGCAGAAGAUAGUGAACUUUCUGUUGAACAUAUCUUAGAAGACUCUUCAUCUCAUGUUGUUCCUGAUCUUCAAGAAUUUGAUCCACUUGUUGAUACAUCAUCAAAAGUUGAAAAUAAAGAAGAUUCAUCUCCUGAAUUAGAAGAAUUACCAUCUCCUCUUAAUGCUCCUGAAAAUACAUACUUGUUUGAAGCAGCAAAUUUGAUUAGUCAAGCUCAUGAGUUUGAAGCUGCUGGAGACUUUGUAUUAUCUUUUAGUUAUUACAGAUCAGCAAUUGGUAUACUUUUACAAGGUGUUCAAGGUGAUACAAAUUCUGCUCAAAGAGAAGCUGUUAGGAGAAAAACUGCACAAUAUCUUUCACGGGCAGAAGAAAUAUAUGAAAAAUAUGUAGUUGGUCAUUUACAAGAUGAAAAUAGAUGGGCAAAUGAUAGUCGUAUAACAGUGACAUCUACAAUAGAACUCAAUAUUGGUAGUUUGCGUGGAUCACUCAGUGAGUUGGCAAAUUACAAAGUUCUUGGAAUUUUGGGACAUGUUCUUUUGGUGUUGGAUAGUGUAUCCAAUUCAACAUAUGUGAUAAAGUCGUUAUACAAAAGGCCAGAUGCAAAAAGUUUUAAUUCACCAAAUAUUGUUCCUCAAGAAAUUCCAUAUAUGGUACAAUUACAUAAAGUGUAUGAAACUGAUUAUGCCAUAUUUUUAGUACUGCAGCAUGCCUCAGGAGGCCGAUUAUGGGAUUAUGUUAAUUCCUACUUGCAACAUAGUCCUAUGUCACCAUGUAUUGAUUGUGGUGCUCCAUUUACUGAAUAUAUAAUGGAGAAUAAAUCAAAUCAACAUUCUCUUACAAAUAAUGUUUAUACUGGAAAGAAAUUUGAAACUCUUCCAGAAAACACAAAUAACAUAAAAAAUGUUCUAGGUGUUAAAGAAUGUGUUUCUUUAUCUAGUCACAACAGUUCUGUUGAUUCUGAUUUAGAAGCAGCUCCAGUCUGUCCAGCAAGUUAUACUGCAUUAUUUACAAAAUAUGCAGCAUCAAGAGAGCCAGGAAAGACUGUUGUAUUAGCUAAAUGUCAUAUCAAUUUUCAAAAAGAUGAAGAUAAUGAAGAUACACAGAGUAUUGAAGACAGCUUUGCCCCUUUAGAUCAGACUAUCACAAUUAAUACAAGUGAAAAUUCAUCUGAUUUGUCGGCAAAAGUUUUUCAGAAAAACAAUAAUUCAAAAACAUCAGAAAAUAUUCCAAAAAAUGGUAGUUGUUUGAGAGGAGACAAAGAUACCAAUUUACCAGAUUUAGUAAAUGAUCAUGUGCCAUAUUCAAGUAAUGAUUGUGUUGAAUUACUUAUUUCUAAUUCAAAAACAUUGUUACAUAAUGUUGAAGAAACUUUAAAGGCCACAUCUCCAAUAUCAAAAGAUAUGAAUAAUGCUAAUACUUUAAUCAUGCAAGAAGAUAUAACACAUUUUGAAGACAUUCUAUCAGAAAGUAAUAAAAAUCUUCAGAACAGUUCAGUUGUUAAAGAAGAAAAAUAUAUCCUUGAAAAUAAAGAUAAUAGAAAAUUUAGAUCACAGUCAAAACAUAGUGGUAAUUUAUUACCAAUCCAUCAAACUGAAGGACUUUCUUCUUCUGUGGGUAGUUUGACAUCACAACGAAUUCGUCAUUUAUCAGAAGUUUUCCAACAGUUAACAAUAGCUGCAUCAAAUCAACCAUAUUUACCAGAAUCUUGCGUGCGGAUCUGGAUAGCGGAAUUAAUUAUAGCUUUAUCCUGUUUGCAUAAUCUCGGCUUGUGCUGGAGAGAUUUGAGACCAGAUAAUAUUCUGUUGGGAGAAAGAGGUCAUAUAUUAUUGACAUAUCAGAGUAGUUGGAAUUGUAUGGACCAAGUCAUCAACAGGCAUGCUAAAGAAAAUCUUUAUGCUGCUCCAGGUAACAAAUACUAUGUGGUUCUGCUACAAAAACAAAAGUUAGAAUUU